AAAAUGUUCCCCUUUCACUUGGAGCAAUCCGCCGGUAAUUUUUGAGCAGGAUUCAGAAUUGGAAUUUGAAAAUAUAUCAGGUUGAUUCUCGGCAUAUGGAUAUUUUGUUGCAAGUCGCACUUUUCGAGGACAGCGAAAGUAUGACAGACCUCGUGAAAACUUAGGAAGGCCUUUCGGCAAUAUCUUCUCAACCCCACCACCGUUUUUCACCCCGCGACGUGUUUUUGACAGCCCUCGACCUUCAGAACUCAUUUAUAUUAUCUAAAUCGUUUAUAUCUCUUGGAUAACGGACGUUAUUACUGUGCAUCGUUCUGAGUCCAUAACACAGCCUUAUUAGCAAAGGUCUCACUCCGCAAUGGGAUCCCACUCUAGAACAUACUCUUCUCCCCUUCAACGGGUUAUGUUUAAUGGUCUACUUUUUGACUUUGAUGGGACAUUAGGAGACUCAACAGAAGCUGUCAUCAAACAUUGGCACCUCAUCGGCAAAGAAAUCGGCGUCGACCCCAAUGUCAUCCUGCAAACCUCUCAUGGCCGCCGCAGCAUCGACGUCCUGAAAAUCCUAAGUCCAGAGAAGGCAAACUGGGAAUAUAUCAAGCAUAUGGAAGGCUUGCUGCCAAAGAAUUACGGUGCAGAUGUUGUGGAGGUCCCCGGCGCGAGGGAUCUACUGGACUCAGUGGUGACGGCUGAGGUGCCAUGGGCGAUCGUGACAUCGGGCACGACGCCGCUUGUGACGGGCUGGCUCGACGUAUUGAAGUUCCCCAUCCCGGAGCAUCUGGUUGUGGCGGAGGAUGUGAAGAACGGGAAGCCGGAUCCAGAGUGCUAUUUGAUGGGGAAGGAGAAGCUGGGAUUGAGAGAUGGGGAUGGGCAGGCAGAGGUCCUCGUAUUAGAGGACAGUCCUGCUGGUAUCGCUGCUGGGAAAGCCGCGGGCUGCAAAGUAUUGGCGGUUGUUACUAGUCAUACUGUUGAGCAAGUGCUCGCUGCAAAGCCGGACUGGAUCGUGAAGGAUCUCAGGAGCGUCAAGGUGGUGAGACAUUCAGAGGCGGGGGUAGAGUUGGAGAUCUUAGACGCAUUGAGGGGUGAUUGAUUGGGUGUAUCUACAGCUCUAGACCAUAUAGAACGCGUGUUUAAGCAUAUAGAGAUAUCAUUGGGAGAUCUUGUUUCCUGCAGAUCCAGCUGGAUGGUUCAGAUCCGCGCGCUUUCGGCAGCGGCAGAGGUUCGGCCCCUGGCAAUGGCACCAUUGCAAUGGGAUGUUGAACAGGGCCACGAGCAAAUAGAAAGCCAGAGACAGGAGAGUAAAGAAAGGAAAAGUGCCACUGGCAGAGAACGUGAUCCGCGCACCUCAGUGGCACAAGGACGUUGGUACCUGCCGCAAUUGUGGCAAUGCCGACAGAAACAUCGAAAACUCACGAGCAAAUAGAAAGCUAGAGGCCAGGAAAGAGGCCAAACAGAAAUGUAGUAGUGCUUCC